CUCUUUGUUGUCAAAAUAAAGUAUCGAGUUUUGUCGCAGCAGUCGUCGUCGCAGCAGCGCAACCAUUCGCGGAUCCAUUUCGGGGUGAAGAAAAAUAUUUUUCGUCGUUCGUUAUUUGCUCGGAAAGUCUUAAAUAACGUGUCCUCUUUGUCGAAAUUAGCGGAAAUCGUGGUUGAACUAAUUUGAAGUGCUCCAAAUUGUAAGUGGUUGUGGAACCAGAAGUCAUUUGUGUUUGAUAUUCCUAGCGCUCCUCUGGGUGAUAGUGUUUGGAGAAGUCUUGUGGAAGGCCAAUCUGCAGCCAAGUGCCAAAUUAUUCUUUUUUCUCGACCGUAAACGGAUGGGUUGUGAAAUAGUGAGCAGCUGAAGUGCAUGAAUUUUAUUUGGAAUAAGGUUAAAAUUGUGAUCGUUAGCGUUGAUCGAUUGUUGUGUUGAAAAGAAAGCUGCCUGUUAAAGGAUUUUCCAGACAAUCACGCUAAUUGAAGUCGACCAGAGCAGCAGAUACUGUGCAGUGAAUCAUCGGUGCAGUUUUUGCUCGUUGACAGCAGUGAUUGAGUGAACGGAGGAGGAGCAGGAGGAAGACUCGACAGAGAAAAUAUGUCUUCGCAGCCGUCCAGUUCCGCAGUCCGUGCUCUGUCAUUGGAGUAUAAAAGCCUCCAGGAGGAACCGGUGGAAGGUUUCCGAGUCAAAUUGCUGAAUGAAGACAAUCUCUUCGAGUGGGAGGUUGCCAUUUUUGGGCCGCCGGAUACGCUCUACCAGGGCGGUUAUUUUAAGGCUCAUAUGAAAUUUCCUCCCGACUAUCCAUAUUCUCCACCAUCAAUACGUUUUCUGACAAAAGUAUGGCAUCCGAAUGUGUAUGAGAAUGGUGACCUCUGCAUAUCGAUUCUUCAUCCACCGGUUGACGAUCCGCAAAGUGGUGAACUGCCUUGUGAAAGGUGGAAUCCUACUCAAAAUGUUAGAACUAUCCUGCUCUCCGUGAUCUCAUUGCUUAACGAGCCAAACACCUACUCUCCAGCGAAUGUAGACGCUUCCGUCAUGUACCGAAGAUGGCGGGACUCGCAGGGCAAAGACAAUGAGUAUCCAAACAUCAUUAGGAAACAAGCACAAGCCGCCAAAGUUGAAGCGGAAAAAGAAGGUAUUGUUGUACCUACCACUCUAGAAGAAUAUUGCAUCAAAUCCAAAACGAAACCUAGCAGUCAAGAGCCUCAGCUCGAUAUGACAGACUUCUACGACGAUGAUUACGAUCUAGAUACCGAGGAUGACGAUCAAGGUUCGGUCGAAUCGUUUGCCGACGGCGAUGACAGUGGCAACGCUGACCCGAGAAAACAAGCAACAAAAAAAGCUGAAAAUGAAAAUAAUAAAAGCUGAUUAGAACAAAUCACUGAGAUGGUUUUAUCAGAUAAAAACGAUUUUAUUACUCCUGUGUAUAACUAUUGGAAAAAUAUUGUUUGCUUUUUAACCAUUGGCAUCGGCUGAACAAAUGACUAGAAUGAAUCCAAUCAUUUCAAUGCUGAAAGGAAGGAAUUUGUUAUAUCAUAAGAACUAUGACCGAUUACAAUGACUUAAAAUCAAUUUGAGUUAUUUACUGUCUCUAUAAGAAUACAUCAUUUUUUUACGUUCCAUGAGCGACGUAUUGUUUAUUGUAAACAAUCAAAAUUUAAAACUGAUGAGCUAACGGAAUGUAACAAUAGAAAGAGAAUCGAGUAGAUCAAAAAAUCAUUCACGUACUUUGAGAUGCUUUGAAAUUGGGUUUAAGUUUUCAGAAUGUUCUGCAAUAGACAACUUAGGCAACUAGACUACUGUAGAUGGUGUAAGAAUAAAAUAAUGUUCACGAAACAACAUGUACACCAAUGGUAGACGCAGAAUCCAUGAACAGGAAUAGGGAUUAGGAAUAACAAACAUGCAGUAGCCGCAAUUAGAGUAUCCGGGUUAUUCCUACCCAUUUAAAUUGUGACAGUUUCUUCGAAACGCGUACUUUCCUAUUAAAGCUUAUGUCUAAAACAUUUUUCUUCCUCGAUCCGUACAUUGUUUCUUUUUUUUUGUUAAAUAGAUUUUCAUGCCAUUCUGUGCAUCAUUUCUUCCAUGUCAACGCAUCAAUAAGUUUAUUUUCUCAUGCAAAGUGCAGCGAAUUUUCGAAGCAAUAUAUAGUGGUAAAAUAUUCAACACAUUGAAAACUUAAUGUCUAACAAAAGCAUAGAAACCGAAAUGCAACCCAACUUAUUAUCUCGAUCUUUCUUUCUCAUAGUGAGUAGUAUUAAAAUUACAUCGCGUAAAGCAUCAUUAAAUAAAAUGGAAGGCAUGUCCAAGCGGUACUUUAAAUUCUCUUCACUUUUUUUUUAUUCUUGUUUUUGUAUACAGUUAGGAUAGAUCUAUUGAUUUAACAUAACCAGAAAUACAAGAAAUUAUUUUAUUUUUACAUAUAAA